AUGUCCAAACUGGUGCUCGCCUUCACGUUGUCAACAGCUCUGCUGCUCUUUCAACAUCCGAAUUCAACAACCCAUGCGGUACCACUACCUGAGGAGGACGGCCGUUGGGUAAACCCGUGUGGUGGUGGGGCGCCCGUCUCUGGCUCACUCCCACCCCUACCCUCUCUCCCGCCCAUGCCACUCGGCAUAGACCUGACGUCACUCAAGUACGAGUCUCAGACAGCAGCAACUCUCACCGACAAAAUAACCUACAUAAUUAAGACACGGAUAGGCAGCACAGCCGCACAACUACUCCACACGAGUCCCUCUCUCACAGGAUUCCCGGGAACAGGUGCUUCCUUCAAACCUGGCAUUCUGAUUGAGGAUAUACUUUUCAAUGAAACCAAGCGUUUGUCACAAAUUGGGGUCUUCCUGGAACAAGCUCGCCUCGAUACAUAUGACUACACUCAGAAACUGGAGGGACUUGAAAACAAGUACGUGGAGAUGUUGUGUUUGAUGCAGGACAUGCUGGAAGGCCUCAACCAGGAAGUAGCUACUGAUGUGUCACGUGACAUCAUGCCGAGUGAAUACAGGGCUCUGAAGGAUAUUUCUGAAAUCGACAGGAGAAACUAUCUCAUCAUGCGAGACGCCAAACAGAUCUUUGUAGCAAUAGCAGAAAGGGCUGAUGCCUACUUGCAGGAACACCACUUGUAGCCACUACCUCCAUUGUCACCCUUCAGGUCCGACAUCCUCGCCAUUAACAGACGUAUUUGUUCUUGUUAGGGUUUAUAGUUCCACACGUCACCCUCAGGAAAGGCGUGAGUCAUCUUCAAUGUUUGUAUUUAUUCAUGUUAUUCUUGUAAACUUCAUUUUCCAUUGAAAAGGCCUUACAACCCAAACACAAUACUCGUCAUACUAUCAUAUCUUAUAGUCUCUGAAUCUCACUGACCUUGAUUCUUUGUUUUAAAGACACAUA